CUUCUGCCCCCUGCAGAGGGGACCCCGUGGCAAUCGCGUCGCUGUUGCGCAGAUUCAGUUUGAACCUGGAGCGGAGUGACCUUCCCGGUGUAGUUAGAGAGAGUUAACACUUCGCUAGAGCGGACCGGUGGUCGUGUCACUUUCAGUUGCACCGCCAAGCAGAAAUGAACAACAAUUUAGCCGGAGAUGAGAUCGGGAAGCUCUUUGUGGGUGGAUUGGACUGGAGUACCACACAGGAGACAUUACGGAACUAUUUCUCUCAGUAUGGGGAAGUAGUUGACUGUGUCAUAAUGAAAGACAAAACUACAAAUCAGUCACGGGGUUUUGGGUUUGUCAAGUUUAAGGACCCAAACUGCGUUCGGACAGUGCUGGAGACGAAGCCUCAUAACCUGGAUGGUAGAAACAUCGACCCAAAGCCAUGCACCCCCCGAGGAAUGCAACCCGAAAAGACCCGCUCAAAGGACGGCUGGAAAGGUAGCAAAGCUGAUAGCAAUAAAUCUAAGAAGAUCUUUGUGGGUGGAAUUCCUCACAACUGUGGUGAACCUGAACUCAGGGACUAUUUCAGUAGAUUUGGAGUGGUUACAGAAGUAGUAAUGAUCUAUGACGCGGAGAAACAAAGGCCUCGAGGUUUUGGAUUUAUUACUUUCGAGGCCGAACAAUCAGUGGACCAGGCUGUCAACAUGCAUUUUCACGACAUCAUGGGCAAAAAAGUUGAGGUGAAGAAGGCUGAACCCCGUGACAGCAAAGUCCCUGGUCUUGGACAGCCUGGAGCUGGCCAAUGGGGGCCCAGGGGUAUCCUAACCACAGCCAAUGGCUGGGCAGCCCAGCCGACCCAGGGCUGGCAGCAGAGUUAUGGGCCUCAGGGAGUUUGGGUCUCCACGGGCCAGCCGAUUGCAGGGGGCUAUGCCCCGCAACUCUCCACCGGCCGAGGGGCCCCUGCACAGCCUCCCUCCCCAUUCAACGCAUUCCUGGUGACGGCGACGCCCGCGGGGGGCUUUGGGGCGCCGCAGGGAUACCCCCAGCAGGGGUACGGGACCCCACCUCAGUUUGGGUACAGUUUUGGUGUUCCUCAAGGUGACCAGUUUGCCCCACAAGGAGUCCCGCCCCCCCCGACCACCCCAGUGGCUGGCCCUCUGGGGUUUGCCCCCACCAGCACCCCAACUCAGGACCUGAGCAAAGCCCCAGCGGGCCAGCCUGACUUCCCGUACAGUCAGUAUGGCCUGGGUCACUAUCCUCAGGACCCCUCUGCCUACGGACCAACGCGUCCUUCUCACAGUUAUGGUCAGGAUGAGCAGGGAUAUAGUGCAGGCUACAGCCAGGACCUGAGUGGGUUUGGACAGAGCUUCACUGACCCCAGCCAGCCGACAGCCUCAUACGGGGCACCUUCAGCACAACCCUCAGCGGGUCCCCCGACCACGGCCAGCAGCUUCGGCCGAGGGCAGAAUCACAACGUUCAGGGCUUCCAUCCUUAUCGACGCUGAGCGCACAUAGUGCCGCAAUACAAGGUAUACACGUCAGGGAAAUAUACUAUAUGUAAGGUGACUAUGUGCGUUCUGUUCACAGAUAAAACUGGAUUUAGGUGUUUCUCUGAAUGCUCACACAGAUAAAACUGGAUUUCGGCGUGUUUUUCUGAAUGCUCACACUGGCAAAGACACUUAAGUUCAGGGUGUUUCCUUUUUUUUUUUUUUUAAAUCACAAAUUGAUGUUAAAUGAACAUAGUUUUAAAAAUGACAAAAAAAGAAAAUAUUUGUUGGUCUUUUCCAAAAUGUUCGUGGAAGACCGAACUCUUUUGCAAUGGAUUUUUGACUGUCUGGUCAAACUUCAGCACAGAAAGGAUGUACCAGAUAUAAGGACGACAACAGGGUAUCACGGCUCUUUUCAGCUUUAAGUAUAGAAAGAAAAGAGGAGAAUAACUUAAGCUUUUUUUUUUUCAUUUGUGAAUUUAUUUACAUCCAGACCUAGUCAAGAAAAUAUAAAUAUAAAUAUAUAUUAUAAAUGAACUGUGCAAUUUUUUAAGAGAAUUUUGUACUAUGAAAUGUAUGCUUUGUUUUUUUUUUUUUAUUUAUUUAAAGAUGUAGACUUUCCUCAGGUGGCUGUUUAAGUGCAUUUGUCACUUUUACAAAUAGAUAUUAAAAGGAACCCCCUUUUUAAAAUAAAAAAAGUUUUAAAAUAUA